AUGCAGGCCGCACACACGCCGCCGCCGUAUGGCAUGGGAGGUCCACCAAACGGCAUGGACGGCUACAUGCACCACGACGGCGCGUACGCUGGUCCGCAAAGCCACCGCAACUCGAUCUCAUCCGCCCACGGGCAUCCGCGGCCCAAUGUUCAAACGAGCGGGCCGUACAUGUCUCCCGUCUCGAAUCAACAGGGCUAUCACAAUCAGCAUCAGGGCACCCCGCAGUCCGCCACGUACGUCAACCAGCAAAAUUUCCAGCCCUUCAACCUGCCUCCGUCGGAUUUCUCAAGCGGCCACAACAACCUCACGCGAGAGAACAGUCAGCAGUACGCCCCGGCCACCUCGGGUGAGUACGUGGAUCACACGUCGCAACAGUCUGGCGAGAUGAUGUUGCUCGAUCAAAUGUCCAUGCCAGGUACCAUGCCUGUCUUUGGCACCGACAGUGUCCUGAGCAAGUCUCCGUUUGUGACGAUACCCGAAGAUUUUGUCGCCUACCUCUUCAACACGCAGCAAGGUGAUGCGUCACCGAUUCCUGGCCAGAUGGUGGCGCCAGGAUACGCUAGCAAGUAA